GGUGUUGGCGGCUUAUAUAAGGGCGAGUCGCCGUCGUUGCUAUCAAGCGUCACCGCUGCAAGCAAAAAAGUUGAAAGCGCUCAAGUGAUUGCACAGAUGGCCUUUCACCUGCAAACCUUGUUCCUCCUCUGCGGCCUCGCCGGACUCUGGACCGGAGCUUGGUCCAAAGCCGUGGAGAAAGUAAAAGGCAACGGGUGCCCCAAAGACUGGACUCGCUUGGAGUGCAACUGUUACAUCUACCAGGACGAGGCCAGGAACUUUGCAGAUGCCGAGAGCGUCUGCAACAUUCUGGGUGGGAACCUGGUGUCCAUCCACAACGCCCUGGAGAAUUUCUUCAUUCAUCAACUGAUUCUAGCAGACGACAGCCCGAACGACGCCUGGAUUGGACUCCAUAAUGCCAUUAAUGAAGACGACGACUUCAUUUGGACCGACGGCACACUGGAAGAUUUCCGAGCUUUCACCGGCUCAGAGCCCGACGACACCGGCAACUGCAUCCAGAUCAAUCAAAGCGAUGGAUGUUGGGAGGACAUGCUCUGCACGGAUGAAUUUCCGUACGUUUGCAUAAGAGAGACAUCCGUGUGGUGAGUGCUGGCGGCCCCACCUCGCAGGUUUCGCCUCACCUCGCCUCAUCUCGCCGGCUUCUGCGCUGCCCGAGAGCAAACGUUAGCCGUGUCUUUGAUUUUCCAGCUUGGCUUCUUUUCUCUUUCAUUUUGUUUUUCCCCAAAAAGUACAGCAAAAAGCAACUUUCUAAUAAAACAAGGAACCUGUCUGCAUUCAAA